AUGUAUCAAUGUACCAUCAGUUGGAGAGUCACGCUGAAGGCUCGCGAGAGGGAAGUAGGGUCGCAAAUUGAAAAGUUGGCAAAGGAAUCAUCGCUGGAAAGUUUAGAAAGCGAAAGAAACCUGUGGAAAGAGGAUAGUGAAAAGGAAAAUGUGGCGAUAGGAGCGUCAUAUGACAUGGGAUGGCAAAAAAGGGGAAAAGCCCACAACAGCCUGACAGGUACACUGUAAAUUCUACAUCUGAAAAAAUUGAAAAGGGUACAUUUGGAUAUGCAUUUUCAUAGAAUGCUUCUAUUUUUUCUCCCGAUUGUUCUUUAGCUUACUGACAGUUUUCGUGUCCUGGCCAAUAGUCAAAGUUAAUUAAAUUAAUAAGAAAUAAAUAAAUAAAAUAUAUCCUUAUUUUCACCACUAGGUGUUGGCUCCAUGGUUGGUCUAAAAACUGGCAAGGUGAUUUGCUAUGGUUCUAGGUCGAAAAGGUAAUGUAUAUACAUAUAUUUUGUCUACUAGGACCUCAUUGUAAUCAACAAGAGCAAAGUUUUUUUUUUCAAUUUGACCACAAAAAGUACAAAAUUAUUCAACAAAUGAUAACUCCUAUAUUUGCCUCCUCUUGAAAGUGUUACCCAGGACCUUUACUCAUGUCUUUUGUAAAGGUGUGCAACAUGUGAAGCUGCUAGCAGACAGUCAAAAACGCCUCGCAUACACGACUGCAGGGUCAACUGCGACGGCUCGUCAAAAGCUAUGGAAGCUGAUGUUUGUGUUGAUCUAGUCAAAAGGUAAUUACUAACCGAUAUGCAAUGAUAAAAAUAACAAAUAAAAUAAUAAUAAUAGUAACAAUAAUAAUAAUAAUAGUUGUUAAAAUGUUAAAUUCACAGUUUUAUUGCUGCAAAGAGAGACUUGUGGAAUCUGUUCUUAUGAUAUCAGUUUUACAGUGAUGACAACCUUACACCCUUGGUAAUAAUGAUUGAAAAUUUGACAAUAAAGUAAACAGGAAAAUGCACUUUUAUUUUUGAACAUGAGUAUGUUGAAAAUGCAGGAAAGAAAAUGCUUUAAAAUAAUGUCUAGGUGUAGUUUGAAUGCCCUCAUUUUUUAAGACACAAAAUGUUAAUUUUGUGGUUUUACUCUACUUAACAGUUGUGGGGAAAAAAUGCAGUUGUAUCUGUUCUUGUUGGGGAUGAUGAUUCGUCCACCUUAAGCAAAGUGAGGCAAAAUGUUGAGCAUGAGGUUGAAAAAUGGUCAGACGUAGUCCAUGCUAAAAGAUCCUUUGGUAGCUCACUAUACAGCAUCAAGAACCAAAACAAAAGCCUGACAGAUAUGGUGAUACGGUAUUUCCAGCGAUGCUUCGGUUAUGCACUAAAGCAGAAUAAGGAUGAUGAAGAAGGUUUACGAAAUGGUCUGAAGUCUAUUGUGCCCCAUGCAUAUGGUGACCAUUCUUCCUGUGGCAACUGGUGUGGCUACUUAAAAAAUCCUGCAUCCUACAAACACAGAGGCCUUCCCCAUGGCAAGGAUCUGACAGACAGAGGCUUACUUCUAUGAUCUUUUCCAGGGACUGCCUCAAGUACAAUGUGGAUGUAUGGUGGCACACCUCGCUCCUCACAAAUUCCCAAUUUCCACCAUUUUAGUAGAGGAAUACACCUGUAAGAAAAUAGUGUUAGUGCUCAUGAUUGUGUUCUAAAUAAGGAUGAUUGCAUUCUAAAUAAUAACUGCAAGGGAAAAAGCUAUAAGUGUUAAAGGACUAUCAACCUCUCUUAGUUUCACAAGCUUUAUAGGAUACCAAAUUUUAGUGAAUAAAAACCAUUUGCUUCUUCAGUUUAGGUUUAUGCUUCAAAUGCCAAGAAACUAGCUCCCCUUGGAUCAAGCCAGGCAAAUGAAGCGCUCAACAACACUAUAGGAAGCAAAGCUCCAAAGAUCAGACACUACGGAUCUAGUGAAAGCAAUGACUUUCGUGUUGCAUGUGCUGUUGGCCAAAAGAACUUAGGCCAUUCUUAUGUUUCUCAAGUGAGAAGAUAUAAUAUUAUGAGCAUUUUCACACUCCCCAAUUUGUGAGAUCCAUUGAACAUUGCACAUUAUUAUAAUAUUGUUUUGGCUAAGACAGGUGAAUUUCUUUUAGGCUUUUAUGAAGACUCAACUAUCUCCAGGUUCCAAUUCUUUAAAGUUUGCAAAGAAAAUGGACAAGAGAAUUCUGAGUUUGAAAGAGAAACAGAAAACAAAAGAGUACAAGAAGAGAAGAAUUGAGAAGAAAGAGAAGCGGUUGAAAAAGACAAAACAGCUUGAGAACAGAGAAGGACAACAGUAUAGUUCAGGAAUGGGCUUUGAUGGAGACGAUGCCACUCAGGAAAUUCCAGCACCACCUGCAGCCUCAAAGACUGAGAGAGUAUCAUUAACCAAAGACUACCAUCAAAUCAUAUUUGGUUUGGAAACAUCUGGAAGGGGUAAUUAGCUUUGCAGGGUGGAGUGAAGCAAAAAAGUAACAAUAUAACCUGGGUUGUCUUAGCAGGGUGUUUAUGAAUUCCACAUUAGAGAAUAAUAUAUUUGAUAAUAAUUAAUAUAUAGAUUUAGCCAGGGCUAAAAGCGAAGCUCCAAUUAAUAAAUUAAUAAUUUAAAUCAAAAAAUUAACUUUUAAUCCACAUAUCACUUAACUUAAGGAGCUUUAAGAGAACAUUCAUGUGAUUUUUGAGGGAAAGGCUAAGUUAUUUUAGAAUGAAACAUCUUACAUCGACUUGAUAACCUUAUAUGUACACCCAAAAAAAUAGCAAACAUCUUCGAUCACAUUCAAGAUCACAGUAGAUUAGGCCUCGAAAACAAAUUCUUGGAAAACAAAUCACGCCAAUUUUUUUUGCGUUCGACAGGUUUACUUUACAAAUUCUUGCCAACAAAUCUGGGAUGUUUAAAUCAACGUUUUAUAAUUUUUAUACAUCACGUUUGAGGUGAAACAGUACUAUUUACCAUAUACACCUAGGACAGAAUGCGGUAUUUCACAAUUGUUCAAGACAAAUUGCACUCAGUCAAUAUUCAGGGCGAUCAAUCGUGGGCUUUAACCGAAACCGUUCAAAAAUUUCCAAAAUCAUCCAUACGGCCAGCUGGUUCUCGUUUCUAUAGUGCGAGCUGUCAGUGUGGUUGAGUUUUUGAAUGAACUUUAAGAGAGUUACACUUCCACAUAAUAGCGAAUUUAUCAUUAUUUGUUUUGUUAUUUAAUGGUUUCAGUGAUAACGAUGAGUAAUCUUAUAAAGCGUUUGAUAUGCGGGACAUUUUUUAGUACUCCUGCAAGCGAUGGUCAUGAACGAUGAAACCAAACGGCACGAACAAGCGAUUAAAAUUGCAAGAGAGAUUACUAAUGAUCAAAAAAAGAGAUAUAAUUCCGUGAAACAUUUACAGACACAACAAUUUUCAUUCACGAAGACAAGUAUUAAAGUGUCUCUAAAAACCCUGAGUCUUUAAGCGUAAAGCUAAGCCUGCUUCCCGGCGCGGUGUUUACUGUUUUCGAAGAAAAACUCCUUGAAGCAAGAAAAUCGCUUAAAGUUUUCUUUCUUCAGCCAAAUUUAUAACUAAACAUUCUUCGGAAAGUUUUCUUUCUAUUUGUGGUGAGCAAAUAUAUCUGAAGGCUUUUUAACGUUCUGUAAGCUUAUAUCAAACCUGAUACUAGGUCAGAUCAUUGACUCAAAUCCUACAAACGUGCAUAAACUUGCCUCAUAAACUGUCAGCGUGAACUAUGCAAGACUUCAAAAACAAACAUCAAAUACAACAAUUACUUAGGCUUACCAUUCGAGAUUCAGUUCCUGAAAGCUAUCAAGGAAGGCCACGGUUGCUUGAGACUUUUAAACCCUCUUACGCAUUAAGCAAGGUGAAAAACGAAAACGAUGCCAUCCGAAAUCGAAUUACCGAAUUUUGACAAGCGACGCAUUUCUCAACCAAAAACCCAGUAAACAAACCAGCCAUGAAUAACAGAAGACUCUUGAUAGCAGCUGUAUUUCAUUUUGUACAUCCAGAGGGAAAAAAAACGUUAAAAACAUCACAAGUUGACACAAAACUCUGUCAGCUUCAGCUGUCAAAGUAAACAACUUUCAAGAUGCUGCAUAAUUUUUCCGCAUGAACUCACCUGUCAAAUUGUGACCAAUCGAAGUAUAAAAAUUGAACGUAGAGCGUGACCAACGCGUGACCAUGGUAAGAUAAGUCUUCCCCGCCUGUACCUUUAAAAAAACUGGAUGAAUUUUCCCUUCCGAGGUCAGUUUGAAAUCAAAAUCCUAAUAGUGCAGGGCCAAAGUGACAUAAACACAACAUAUUUGAUAUGAAUCCUUGGAAAAAAUAAACUUGAGCCUACGAUCAUUUCAAACUGGUAAUUUGUCAGCGGAUAACUUUAAAAAAUACUAGACUUCGAUGGGUCGACACUUGAGCCCGCGCUACGGUCAGGUGAUACUGGUCAGCGGAUGCCCUGUUUUGAUAGCUUUCAAUUGAUCACAACGUUGAUGUGCAAUUAGUUUUCUCCUGGGCUCCCAAACUUGCUAAAAGUGUGAGAGUAAACAUUGGUUUUCCUGUGGUGCGGACGGACGGUUGGCGGGCGGUCGGUCGGUGUACGGUCAUGUGAUUACCAAAUUUUCUGGGAUGGGUAGAUUUACUUAGCUAUGGGAUUGCUUUUCUAUUUUGCUAAAUUGCUGAAUACCUGUCCUGCUAAUUUGCAUCACAUAUAAUUAGAUUCCUUUGUUUUAUCAUGCCUUAUUCUUAAAGAAAAUAGGUGAGAUGCAAAUUAGCUGGACAGGUAUUCAGUAAUCGCUCCUUCUGUUUUUAUUUCAGAUAUACCCUGCAUAAAUGCACUAAGCUUUUUUGUUACAUUUUUCCUUAAAUAUCUUUGUAAAGUAAUAAUUGGAUUACAAUACCUUAAAAUGGGUUUAUCUUUGUUGACAUCAGGUAAUGAUGCUGAAAUCCUACAAAUUGCAGCAACAGAUGGUAAAGAUGAGUUCUCUAUUUAUGUCAAGCCUUGUUAUACAAUAUCACCAGAAGCAUCUGCUGUGAACAAACUCACAUUCCAAAGAGGAAUGCUGUUUUAUGAUGGGAAGCCAAUCACUGAUGCUGUUGCAAUUGAUGUGGCCCUGAAGAACUUCAUUGAGUGGCUUAAAUCAAGAAUGCCUUGCAUUUUAGUGGCACACAACUGCAAAUCCUUUGAUGCCAAGUUCUUGGUGCAAGCAGCAGAGAAAAAUAGAUUCAUGGAUGACUUAGCUCAAACUGUUUCUGGCUUUACAGACUCUCUUCCACCAUUCAGGGAAUUGCUUCCAGAAAGGAAAUCCCACAGCCAGGAAAACCUUGUACAAGAUCUUCUUGGUAAAUCCUAUGAAGCUCACAAUGCUCUUGCAGAUGUGCAAACACUCUACCAGCUGGUGAACAAGUUUCUAAACGUCAAACUGCUACAAAAGCACAGUUUCAAAGUUUCAUGGGUGGCAUCCUAUCAGAAGCUCCUAAAAGAAAAGAAACUUCUGGUUAAUACCCUGCAGCCAUUAGUCAGUGAGAAGUACAUGUAA